AUGUACUACAACAAUGAAUCAACCAGCAGCAAAGUGAAGGAAGAUGACGACGACUAUUAUGCCUGUUUCAAAAUAUUGCAAAUUGCUGACAUUCAUUUGGGAGAAGCGGAAAACUUGGAUUGGGGACCGGAACAAGAUCGCAAGACGUGGUUGGUCUUGGACCGUGUUCUAAAAUUGGAACAACCCGAUUUGAUCGUCUUGUCGGGGGAUCAACUGACGGGAAACAAUUGCAAGGAGAAUGCUACCGCCUAUUAUCAAAUGUUGGGUGAGUUCUUGUCCAAGUACAAUACUCCAUGGGCCACUAUUUUUGGGAAUCAUGACGAUUUGGGUUUUGUGGAUCCUGUUGAUGGCAAACAGAACCCUGAACCAAAGUAUAGCCGCAGAGACUUGUUGGAAAUCGACCAGAGCUUUCCAUUAUCCCUCUCUCAGCUUGGACCAGAUCAUGUCUUUGGCACUUCCAACUAUGUAUUGGAUAUUCUUAAUCACGAAGGUGGUCCAGUACUGGCAGCUCAAAUUCUCUUGUUGGAUAGUGGUGGGGGAUCCUUGCCAGAAGUCAUUGACGAAUCUCAAUUGAAAUGGUUACAUGAGCAGCAGCAAGGCAAUACUAUCAACAUUCCAGCAGUAGCCUUUCAGCAUAUUCCAACUCUGAGUCAUGCCUAUCAUACCAAUUCGCAACAACUGCACGACGAGUGUACUGGCAUGAACGGUGACCAUGGCAUGGCGCCACUCGAGUCCGAUGCUGGCAUUGUUCAAGCAUUGGUAGAAGCAAAACGAUAUCUGUUCUUGGCAGUAGGCCACAAUCAUGGAAAUGAUUACUGCUGCCCAUAUCAUUCUCAUUCUGAAAAAAAUAGCAACAAUAACAGCGCAACAACAACAAUGGAUGAGGCGGCUAGUCGAGAGCACUUAUUCAGUAGUGCUUUUCAUUUGUGCUUUGGGCGCCAUUCAGGAUAUGGAGGUUAUGGUAAAUGGGAACGUGGUGCCCGCGUCUACGAGCUAAAGAAACGAAUUGACUUUCAUGAUGCUAGAGAAAAAGGAGGAGAACCACACAACGAGGAACGCAACAGCAUACGGUGGAAGUCAUGGGUUCGACUGGAAUCGGGUGAAAUCAUUGACCAAGUUUGA